GUUUAGUUUUGUUCCAUGUUUUCCUGUGUUCCAUGUUUGUCGUGUGCUCAUUAGGUUGUUGUGUCCACCUGUUCUCGUCUAUUUUGUGUCGACCAAUCAGCUCUCUCCAGCCACUCGUGUCUUGUCCAGGUGUUCCUCGUUGUCUCGUCAAUUUGUUUGUAUUUAGUUCCCUGGGUUCUUUCAGUCCUUGUCGGUUCAUUGUCGUUGUCACAUGUCUUGCCAUGUCAUAGUCGCCAGUUGUUUUUGUCAUAGUCGCCUGUUGUUUUAUCAUUGUGAUUAAAUAUUAUUAUUUUGAGAUUCCCGCACUCCUGCCUUGCCUCCCUGCUUCCCUGCAAUUGGGUCCACCAUGUUCUUGCCUUGCGUUCCUCGCCGUCGCCCUAACCAUGUUCAUGACAGAAUGAACCGACCAGAACAGGACCCAGCGGGAAGAACAUGGCGUCACCCUGGACGCCACCAAACUGCCUCCCACCGUCCUCAGCCUGCCAUCCAUACCUACCCUCCUCCAGCUGAGGAAGCGACUGCAGCUCCCAUUCCGGCUAAUCGGCAGCUGCGCCAGGCUCCCGUUCCGGCUCCUCGGCAGCUGCGCCAGGCUCCCGCACCGGCGGCGCUCGUCCAGCGGCCGCCACCCGUCCUUGUUCCGGCGGCGCUCGUCCAGCGGCCGCCACCCGUCCUUGCUCCAACGGCGCUCGUCCAUCUCUAG